CGCGAAUGCCUAUAUAAAAUAAAAUUUUAUAAUACAGCAAUCCUUCUUGUUUCAAUAUGAAUGCUGCUAUGAACUGGUAAAAAUUACUGCAAUUGGACCGAACGUUCUCUAGGAUUCGUAAAAAAAAAACUCAAGUAGACUACAUUUACAGAAAAAUAUUAACAUGUUAUGUUGUUGUAAUCGUUUUGUUGGUACACCUUCACUUUGCUGAUUUUACUAACUCCCAACAACAUUUGCCUAGACAAGAAGUACGCAAUUCAUUCAUUUUAAUUGAAGAAUAGACCAAUCUCUAUAACAAAAGAAAUCAAUUCCUUUCGUUUUUUCUAAAAAAAGGAAAACAAUGGCUGAAAACAACGUUUCCAAAUAUUGGAAUGAAAGAGUGUACUUUUGGGGUCUAAGACGCCGAGACAUUUUCCUAUUUGAAAUUUAUGCUACGACAAUUCUUCUAGGAACUAUUUAUGGUGGAUUCCUUGAUAGAUCCAAGAUCACUAAUUAUUUUGGCAAUUCAAAAAACUUGAUUAACAUUUUGUUUGUGAAGAAAGGAUGGUUUUGGACUACCAUCGCAUACUUCUCGCACGUAUGGUGUCAAAAAAACAAGCAGCUCGGACCCAAGCUUAUUACUCGUUAUGCACUAGCUACGCUUUGGUGGUUUCUUGUUACACAAUGGUUUGUUGGACCAAGUCUCAUAGAUCGGGCUUUUGCCUUAACGGGGGGAACCUGUGUAGACUUCGAUGUUGCAAGUAUAACGUUUCAUCCAAAAACCGCUGUUCAUUGUAAGAGCGCAAAGGGUUUUUGGACCGGAGGCCACGACUUGUCUGGUCAUGUAUUCUUGUUGACUCAUUCUAGUCUAUUUAUGCUUGCUGAAAGCUUUGACAAUUUCAUCUCUCAUGGGUUUAAGUCUACCUCCACCAAAAUUUUGACGGGAUUACUAUGCCUAUGGUGGUGGAUGCUGUUCGUUACAACAGCUUAUUACCAUACUACACUUGAAAAGUUCACUGGAUUCUUUUCAGGAAUUUUGGAAUGGGCUGUCGUUUAUGUUUUGUCGGCGAAAGUUCCUUUUAUUUCAUCAAUUUUAGGAUCUCCUGAAGACGCAUGAAAGGAAUAGCCUUUAGCUGUCCAAUUUCACCGUUUAUUCCUUACUUAAUUUUUGAAACCUUUUAUGAUUUUGCCUUCGUCUCUGAAGAUUAUGAAUACUAAACUCUUUCUUUCCUAAGAUACCAUGCCAUGUUAGGUGUAAUCUUCCCUUUUACUAUAUAUCUAUUUCAACGGAAAUAACAAAUGCUCUUCUUUUUGAAUUUUCGAUGACCGCUUAAAUGGAAUAAAAAUUUUGAUUUUUCAGCAACAUCCUUGGUUCAAUCAUUCUGAACCAAAAGUUAAAUACAUGCCUUUGAGGAUUACCUAACAGUAUUACAUAUGCGGGUACAG